AUGGCUGAUGACGAGCUGGACGCCCUCAAUGCGUUGGAGAAAGAAGCCUCCGAGUUCAACAAGGAUGCAGAGAUCGAUCGGAUCCGAAAGGCAUUUCCAUUAGAUGCCUAUGCUGUUCUCGACCUCCAGCCCGGUGUCCCAGACUCCGACAUCAAGCUCCAAUAUCGCAAGAAAUCGCUCCUGAUCCAUCCCGACAAAACGAAAAACCCACUCGCCCCAGAUGCCUUUGAUCGGCUGAAAAAGGCACAGACGACUUUGCUAGAGGAGAAGGCGCGAGAGAAUCUUGACGAAUGCAUCGCCGACGCGCGGCGGCUUUUGAUCCGCGAACACAAAUACACCCUCGAUUCACCCGAACUCAAGACGGAGGAAUUCAAGGUGGAAUGGAGGAAGAAGACAGUGGAGGUCCUACUCGAUGAGGAAGCGCGUAGACGUCGACAGGCCAAAGCACGGAUGCAGGAGGAAGGCCGUGAGCAGCGGAAAGAGGAGGAGGAACUGGAAGCGCGCAAGCGCAAACGAGAUGCCGACAAGGCUUGGGAAGAGACACGCGAUGAGAGAAUCGGCAGCUGGAGAGAUUGGCAGAAAGGAACUAAGAAAGACAAGGAAGGGGGGAAGAAAAAGAAGAAGAUGAAAGUUUUAGGAUAA